AUGGCCUCUACCGAGGAGGGCGCAGACGCCAUGGACAUUGAGGUGUCGCCCAAAAACAGGACCUCGGUCGAACACGAUAUACAUCAGUCGCUCGGUUCCAUCAGCAACUCCGUCGAGUCACUCGAGAUGCGCGCCGAUCCAGACGCGCAAGCUACCGUCACCGACUUCCUCGACUUUACCGAAUACCUUCCUUCUGAUAUGACGCGAUCAUUAACUCUGAUCGGCAAGCUCGACCAAACAUACACCGAAGCGUCAAUCAACGUUCACAACCUCACCUCGACCUGGGGAAAGCUACCUAGCAUUCCCGCUGAGGAGCGUCCAUCUCCCGUACAGUUGCGUGCAGAUAUUUCCGACAGCCUGAACCAUGCAGUCAGCUCCCGGGUUUACGCGCAUGCUGAGGCAGUUCGCAUGUCUGAGAACGUCAACCGCCACUAUAAUCGCGCAAACACCAUACUGGCCAAGUUGAAGAACCUGCUGGAAAACUAUCCGGCAGAGGAACAAAAGAGCCCCGUGGCGACCUCCAAAUCUCAGCUUGUCAGAGCGCCACGGGUGAUGCGAAAUGGAGAUGGCGAGAAGGUGCGCAGGCCACGGAUACCCAGGAUUACUGUGCCAGGCGAAGUACUACCGCCAUACGACCAGUUUGUGGCGUACUCGGACGACAGUGAUGAGAGCUCUGAAGAGGAAGAUGAUGAUUCUUUGGGACGGACGCCAGCUCGCACAACACCAGCACCGCGCAUCAAAGUUGUCAAGACCCCCAAGGCGAGGCCACCAAAGACCCCAAAGGCUGCGUCCUCGGUGCGGCCUCCCAAAUCUGCUGCGGGCCUGGCUGCUGCGGCAACUCCUGCUGUUGUGCUGCGACCUCCGCCAGAGAACGCCGUGAUAGGAAGCGCGGAUGCCCCCUGGUUGCAAUUGACGCCAUGGGAACUUGCGAGGCUUAGAAAGCGGAUGAAGAAGAAUGCAACAUGGAGUCCCAGUGAUACCAUGAUUUUGCGAGAACUCAAGACGCUCGGCCGUGGCAUUGAUGCCUACAAGGAGGCAAAAAAGAAGGCCGAGGACGAGGGCAGAGUUUUUGACCAGGUGCCUGCGGCUCUGGCCCCUGAUGCUGAAGCCGGUAACAAACCAAUUCCGGAAGGUGCCAUCAGUGCCGCUGCGCUUGCGUCCGAUGAUAUUCAGCUGAGCAAUCGGGGCAUGAAGCUCAACGAGGCCAAGAAGCUUAAGCGAGAGUCACUGGCUAAACAGGCUGCAGAAGAGGCGGAAGAAUCAGCCAGACAGUUUAGGGAAGCUGCAAGACUUUUGAUGUCUCAUGAAGCAUCGUCAUCAUCGGCCGCGAACAACACAAACACCACCACCACCACCAACAACAAUAACAACAACAACAACAACAAUACCACCACCCCCUCUACGGCAAAUAAUACUACAACCAACACAACUGCAGACCAGCCGAAAGGCGCAAGCAAAGCGAAGACUCCAGCGAAGCCAAAACCCAACGGUAACAAGCGGAAGAGAGAUUCUAUCCCAGAGGCUGAGGCCGAGAAGCCUGAGCAGCCGCCAGUUGAGACACCAGCGCCUCGUCCCGCUCCAAAGCGCACCAAGACGGAGACUCCAGUGCCGCUUCCUCAUCUAAGAGCCAGUCUCGCUGCGCAACCUCUAACAGAGUCUACUAUACCACCUCCUGUUCUUACACCAGGCGGUACUGCGGUUACUCCCAAGAUGACGACUCCAGUGCCGAUUCCUGUUCCCGGACAAGAUGGCUCGACGACCACAGGCACUGGCCCUGCGGCUGCGAAGCCAGCGAACACAUCCGCGCCGGCCUCUUCGCCGACUGGUUCGGUUGGGCCCCCGGCGUCAGUCGCAAGCACUGCCCCGGCAAGUAUACUGACCAAGCUACCCGCGGAGACGCCAAUACCGCCACCCAUCUUGUCCCCCAAGAAGUCCACCACGCCCAUUCUUCCUCCGGUGCGUGACUCUGCAGCUCGAAGGGAAACAAGGGGCGAGAUGGCAAAGAAGAAUCAGCAGCAACUCGACAACCCCACACCAGUGCCGGCGCCACAGGUUCCGCAGGCACAGCGCUCGUCAUCUGCAGCGCCUUCGAUCAAACAAUCAAGCUCGCGUGCGGCGACACCAGGCACCACACCGGUGCCCGACGGCCAAGGGAGACGUCCCAGCUCGCGAGGAAAAGCUAUGAGUCAAGAGCCACAGCCUUCGCUAGCAACUGACCGACCCCGUCGCGCUAGUACCGCGCGGAAUACGCCAGCUCCCGAGCAGCGACAGCAGAGCAAGAGGACUAGAAAGCCUGUGCCUGGUAUCGUCAGCAAGACCAACGCUGGAGGCAGCAGUGCCGUGGGUAAGCGAAAAGCGGCUCCCAAGAAGAAACGCGCUCAGAAAAAGGAAAAGGGCCAGCCGAUCGAGAUCGAGUUGGAAGAAGACGACGAGGGUAACCCAAUCGACCCGAAAGAGCCACGGUACUGCGACUGCAACAGAGUCAGCUUUGGCGAAAUGAUUGCGUGCGACAAUGAAAUUUGCGAUAAGGAAUGGUUCCAUCUAGAGUGCAUGGGUAUGACCCAUAUUCCUGCGCGGACGACAAAGUGGUACUGCCCCGAUUGUCGCCUUCGUCUGAACAUUGGGGAGAAGGGCGAGAUUAAUGCUAGGGGAGUCAAGGCUUGA